AUGUUCACGCACGUGGUGUGGGCUUCACCACCAUCGCAAACCCUGGUGCCACCCAGGCACCGCGCUCCCUUCCGGAGACCUGCAGGAGAUGACCUCCCUGGAACCUCCCUGGUACCCAGGUUCCGGAGUGAGGGCAGCUGGGGACCCAGGGCGUCCUCGGUCCCUCCGCAUCCUCUGCGUGGAUGGGGCUGGGGUGCAUGCCGGCGAGGGAGGCUGUGUUGGAAGUUAGGACCUCUGAGCUCUAUGCUGAAGGCAAAAACUAUCCAUCGCUUCUCCGUGCCCAACGCAGGUCUGUGGCUUCCCUGCACCACCACCUCGGCCCCUAUGUUGUCCCAGUGCGUCCUUUCAGGCACCUCAGAGCCAAGGGUCGCGGCCCCCAAGAAAGAAAGUGAGAUGAGGAGGUCCUCUGGGGACUCUCAUUUGCCAGAGAAAUUUAGAAAUUCGGGCAGACCGGGUCGCCUCUCAUUCUGUACGAAGCUGUGCUAUGGCAUUGGCGGCGUCCCCAACCAGGUGGCCUCCAGCGCCACAGCCUUUUACCUGCAACUCUUCCUGCUUGAUGUGGCACAGAUCCCUGCUGCCCAGGUGUCAUUCGUCCUGUUUGGAGGGAAAGUGUCUGGGGCAGCUGCCGACCCUGUCGCUGGGUUCCUCAUCAACCGAAGCAGGAGGGCAAGGUCAGGACGACUCAUGCCCUGGGUGCUGGGCUGCACGCCCUUCAUCGCCUUGGCCUACUUCUUCCUGUGGUUCCUACCGCCCUUCACCAGCCUGCGGGGCCUCUGGUACGCGACUUUCUACUGCCUGUUCCAGGGCCUGGCCACGUUCUUCCAGGUGCCUUACGCAGCGCUCACCAUGCUCCUGACCGCCAGCCCGCGGGAGCGGGACUCGGCCACCGCCUACCGGAUGACCAUGGAGAUGGCGGGGACGCUGGUGGGAGCCGCGGUCCACGGGCUCAUUGUGUCCGGCGCCCACGGGGCCCACAGGUGCGAGGACGCCGCGCUGCCUGGGCCGGUCGCCGUGUCCCCCGACGCGACUCGCCUCUACUCCAUUGCAGCCGCUGUGGUUGCUGUGACUUACCCCGCGUGUAGCUGUUUGCUCCGCCUGGGGGUGAAGGAGCGACCAGACCCGUCCACCCCAGUCUCAGGCCAGGGCCUGAGCUUCCUGGCUGGGCUGAACCUCACUGCCCGGCACCCACCCUACCUAAAGUUGGUGAUCUCCUUCCUUUUCAUCUCAGCAGCCAUUCAGGUGGAGCAGAGCUACCUGGUCCUGUUCUGUACACAUGCCUCCCGACUACACGAUCAUGUCCAGAGCCUGGUGCUUACCAUCCUGGUCUCUGCUGUGCUGAGCACUCCGCUGUGGGAGUGGGUCCUGCAUCGAUUUGGGAAGAGGACAUCGGCUUUUGGGAUCUUUGUGAUGGUGCCUUUCGUGAUCCUGUUGGCUGUUGUGCCCACGGCACCUGUGGCAUAUGUUGUGGCCUUUGUAUCUGGCAUGAGCAUUGCUGUGUCCUUGCUGCUGCCCUGGUCCAUGCUUCCAGAUGUGGUAGAUGAGUUCCAGCUGCAUCACCAGCACGGCCCAGGCCUGGAGACCAUCUUCUACUCCUCCUAUGUCUUCUUCACCAAGCUUUCAGGAGCAGGAGCCCUGGGCAUCUCCACUCUCAGUCUGGAGUUUGCAGGGUAUGAGGCAGGAGCCUGCAAGCAAGCCGAGCAGGUGGUAGUGACCCUCAAGGUCCUCAUCGGUGCUGUGCCCACCUGCAUGAUCCUCACUGGUCUGUGCAUCCUCAUGGUCAGCCCCACCCCGAAGGUGCCAAGUCAGGACACCUCCCGCCAGCUGAGCCUUCGGAGGAGGACCAGCUACAGCAUGGCUUGACAUUUGGAACUUGUGGGAGCUGGACCCACAGGAGCCAGCAUCUUCUGGGCUCGAAGUCCUUCUUUUCCUCUGCCCUUCAGCACCCCUGCUUCACUGUAUACACAUGGUUUGUCUUUUCCCCUGGGAUGUGGAGUCUUCAGUGACAUUUCCUGAAGGGACUGGCCUGGGCUCUAGAACCCCCACCUGUCAUGUCUUGCCUGUUGACCACAGACCUUCUCAGAUAGGCCUGUGUCCCUGGCUACCCAGCUACUGGGAAACUUUUGACCUGGAAAGCAUCCCAAUACCAACUAUUCCUGAAAAAAGGAAGCCCCUACCAGCCUGGCCUGGAGACUCCCUGUGCGAAUACCUAGCCCAACGAACUGCUCAUCUGACAGGACAGACACAGACCUCCUGUUCCUCCUGGUGCCCCAGCGGGCAUCUGCAACAGAGGCUGACAAAAGUGGGCUGGGUGGGGACAGAUGGACAUGCUGGAGAUGUCCAGUUAGGAGAGACAGACCCGAGAGAGAGUGACUGGGGCCAGCAUCAGAAUGACAAGACUGAGCAGGGCAUGAGAGGCGUCUCUCAAGCAUUCCCCUUGUUCAGAUAAACUAAUGACACUGUUUCUGGAACUGGACACAGACUGGACACUAAAAAUCAAUCGUUUUUAUGAACAGAAGUUAUUUUUAUGCAAAUAUUUUUCUGAAACUUUAUCUUCUAAAGCACAGGAAUCAGUUUUCUAGAACUUAUGUCUUUGGGGAAGAAAGAUCCUGAGGUUUAAUUUUUCAAAAGCAAAUUAAAGGAUUUUUCUUCUAUUGUGUAAAAUGUGACUGUGGCCAGCCUCUCAUUCUACCUCCUGGGAACCCCCGACCUUGAGAAGGGAGGGGGAAGGUGCCUGGUGUCACUGAACCAGGCUAUGUACCCCCAGCCACAUACCCGAUUCUGCAUUUCUUCAGAACAGAAAUGCCAUGUAGGAGGUGGGUUCCUUCUAUUUUGGAAGGGGCACAAAAUGGAAACUCUAUAGUGGACCAGGGCAGUAGGCCAUGUGGCUCAUGUAGGUUGGGGGCUGCAGAGGUGCUGGGGAACCCUUCAGAGUCCUAAUGCCACAGAACCUUCUCCUAGAGAAGCCUGGUCACCUAAAGGGGGAACCAGGAGGUACACACUUGUCCCCUGCAUUUCUCCCCAGACUCAGUUCUGUCCGCUCCAUGGGGUCAGGUCUCUUGAGCCCACUGCCUAAGGCUAUGCCCCCUUCUACUUCUUUAUACCUCUGGCUGCCUCUUAAGUGGGAGACUCACACUAAGGCUGCGAGGGCUCAGAUAUACAAUUAGAUAGGACAUGAUCUUCACAGCUUAAAGCAUCUUGUGUCCUCUACAAACACUGUAGUGGGAGAAGGAAUCUGGCCUCAGAGUGAGUGUGCCCAGUGUGACCUGGUCUAAUGCCUGAAUUCUCUGGCCCUUGUGACACUGACAUGGGUGACUGAGCCUUCAGAUCACUGGGCACCAGAGAAAAGGCUGGAUUCAGCUUCUCUCCAUUGCUCAUCUGAUUCAGGAAGGGGCUGGUGGGAGCUCUGCUCACCCCCUGCUGUGCACAGGUAUACACACACAAGCAAUCUCAACGCUAGAAAAUCACCGCUGUGUGGAGACAGAAGGCAGGGCAGACUUGCUACCAUGUUAUCACAUUAUGCUGCGCUUUGGAAACCUGGGGAGUGCAGGUAGGAUUCUGUUACCUGUAUUCCACAGGAGCACACUCUUCAGGAGCAGAGCUACACUGCACAUAGACAGCUGUGGGGGGCCACCCAUGGGGGUCAGGGGUUGGAUCUGAGGAGGCUGGUGAGGGCUGCCCAAAAGGUAUUACUCCAUUUCUUCCUCAUAGCAGCCCCGUGAAGUUAGUGCUGUUAUUCUAAUUUUCGGAUGAGAAACAGGCUUAGAGAGAUUAAUCAACUUGCUGAAGGUCAUUUGGUUUGGUGGAAGUGUCCUGAACCCAAGUUGGCCUGAAUCCAAGGCUUGUAAAGACAAACAGGGCUUCAGACACUGGCUGGAGGGGUGGCCACUGCUCAGACUUCAGUAUCACCAGGACCACUCCCCCUCUGACACCAAAUGCCAGCAUGCCUGUUUCUGCCUACAUGCCCCGACUCCACCAGAAUUCCCAUUAUUCCUUUGUUCACAUUUGCCCAUGGAGCCUCCCCACAUGUCCAUGUCCUCCUUCUGAAACCCACCCUCACUCAGAGCCUGUCACGUUUCACAGGGAGAGGAUCUCUCCUUGCAACCAAGGCCAACCCCUUCGCUGGCAGAGUAGGCAUCUCCCUGUCCCUCUCCACUUCUUUUCAUCUUCACUUAAGUUCAGAAGAUCAUGACCCUGACUUGCUCAAGACCCUCUCAGUCCUACCGUGAUCCCAUCAACUCAGUCGUUAUGAUGGCCUCAAGGCCUUACGAGGUCAGAUGGCUGCUAAAACGUCACUUCCUCAGAGGCCCGUUCUGCUUCCUUGUUCAUCCACAACCACCUCCCUCCACCCCCAGCACUCAGCUCUACCUGCCUUGCUUGUUGCCCAGUGACACCUACCUCCACGGACAAUUACGUACUUAGCAAUAGCCAACUUCUUUUUUGCUUGACUUCCCCACUGAAAUGUAAACUUCCUGGAGGUGGGGAUUUUAACUUUUACCACUCUGUCCUCUGUGCCCAGAAAUAAAUGUUCAACAUGAAUACGUCUGCUGAGUGAACAAGUGAAUGUUCAUAUCACCCUCAUUCUAAACAGCCUUGUCCUGUUCCUUUAAGCUCUCCUCUCCAAAUAAUCUGCUUUACUCUUCCCCUCCCACCCCCUGCCCACAGUUGUCUCUUUGACCUCACCAGCCUCUGCCUCCCCACUGAGAGGACAGCAUGGCCUGGCAGGGUGAACUCCAGCAUCAGAGAAAGGGAGAUAGCAGUUCGUUUGCUGCUUUCACCUUCCACAUGUGCGAUCAACUUAACAAAUCUGAGCCUCUGCUUCUACUUGGAAAGAACGUGUACACUAUUACCUACCCUCAGGAUGGCUAUGAGGAUUAGGUGAGAAAAUACCAGACCAAGGAAACCCUCGACUGGUAGCCUUUAAUGCUGACCACUCCUCUCCAAAACUAUCCUCCUUGACUUGUAUGUGACCACCCUCCCAGAAAAUCAUGGCCACAUGGAGACAGCACCUGGUAAGUCGCCUUCUCCAUCGUCUCUGACCAUUCCUUUUCUGUCUUUUCCUUUGAUGGUCCAUGGGCAUCUCUGGUUUCCCAGAACAGGGUGAGCUCAUUCAAUAUCACACCUAUACACCACAAUUUCUAUCCCUGAGCCCUCUGCUGACCUUUGCUCUCCAGAGCUGAAGAUCAAAUGCCCAUCUGUGUUCUGCAGACAGUUAGAACAUCAUAUGUCUGAAGGGGAACUCAUCUCCUUCUCCCCUAACUUGUUCUCCUCCAUUUUCAGUAAAUUAUGUCAGCAUCUAUCCAGUCACCAAAACCAAAAACUUAAGAGUCUUCUUAGAUUCUGUUCUCCGUUUACUCGACCACCUCCAUCCCACAUACACUGGGUGUGGACUAAACAAUGGAAAGAAAUGGUUGCAGCUAUGGGUUAUUAUCAAAUUGCUGAAGUUAUUUGAAAUUGGGCAGAAAGUUGUUAACACUAGAUAUUGAUGGGCAUGGCUCUAGUGCACAUGGUGAACUGACUCAGCUGCUUGCUAGAUGUUUGAGAGGUAUAUGUGCACCUGUGUAUUUGUGUUUCCUAUGGGAUUCAGUUCAGCUGAGUAGUUUUCUGCAUCACCCAGUGUUUCUUAAGGACAAAACUGGUACAUAAGCAACAGAAAGUCAUGUCACACUCUAGCUAUUUCUUAAUAUAGCAAUUGUGAUGGAACAAAUUUGUAUUUUCAAAACAGGUAUUUUAACAGAGUAUGAUUGUGUGUGUGUGU